UCUCAUAUCCUCAGGUAGGUAUCCGCCAUGUUGGGUGUUAUGAUGUCACGUGUACGUACACUACUGGUGUUUCCCCGAGCUGGCAUUCUGCCAAACACUUGAGUCGGGCUAUAUUAAAGCCGUUUACCCGGCGGCGAGGCAGUCGUCUUCCUAGCUGCGUUCUGCACACUUGCACGAUGGAGGUAUUAACUGUAAUGUUCUUCAGUCUUGUGGUAUUUGGUAUCAGAGACGUACAGGCUGCUCCAACCUUGACUGCACGAGUGGCAGUGGUGGAAGAGGACCUCGGAACAUGGAAAUUGAAAACUGUUGAUAUUAUUGCCAGUAUGAAUGCCUUGACGAGACAGGUGGGACUGGUGUCCGCUGAAGUUGACAGUGUAAAAGCCAAUGCACAAAAUAUAAAGACACGAUUGAACACUAUAACACAAGAAUUAAGACGUGUACAACAGGAAAGAGACACUUACAGAAAGAGUCUACGAAAACUACGUCGCAUGUUGACCAAAGACCUCGGUUCACUACAGCUGCAGCUGGAUCAGACGGCAGCUGACCUGUGUGAUCAAAGGACAACGACGUAUCCUGGAACUACAGCAGCCUCGACUGACCCGAGCCCGAGCACCACGGUUCCACCAGCGCCAGUUACGACACAAGACUCUGAUCUACACGCGACUCCAUCACCAGCAGCAGGCCGCCGCCUCUACUCCGCCAGCAGGGCCGGUGACCUGGAGAGAGUGAAGCGGAUCCUGGCAGCGGGUCACGUGGACAUCAACACGAGAGGAGACUACAGCAAGACACCGGUGAUGGCGGCAGCACUGGGGGACACAGCGAUGUGGUGGAGUUCCUGGUGGGUAGAGGGGCUGAUGUGUCGCUGGUGGACAGGGGCGGUGACAACGUCCUUCACUUGGCCUGUUAUGGUGGAGACCUGGAGAUCGGUGAAGCUGAUCGUGUCCAGGAACGUGGUGGACAUCAACGCCAGGAACAACUACGGGCGGACAGCGGUCUACUACGCGAGACGCCGGGGACAUCAGCGAGUGGUGGAGUUCCUGGUGUCACGUGGUGGACACUGAAGUCGGUGUUGGUGUGGACAGUGACGGUGCACAUGUCGUUACUGACACUGACGAGGUGUGUGCCGUCCACGUUGUCUUGUGUCACGAUUCACGUGAUUUUUUUACUUUCUGAAUAUAAAUAAAACUUGUUGAAAGUA